CCAAUCACCUUCUAUUGGUGAGCGGUGGGGUGGUUGAUAAAUGCAGAACGGCAGAGAAACGACAUUUAGAAGAAGAACCCUGAAUCUGCUGGAUGAUUAAAAAAACACAUCACUGCAGCACAGCACACAUUUUCUGCAGAUUCAUCGAGCAUUAAAAGGAGCCAACAUGCGGUUCUUGUGGAUGCUGCUUGUGGCUUCUUUGGCCGCAGGCACUGCUGCAUCGAGAUCAAGGGAGUGGGCUCAUCACGGAGCCACGAUGUUUGCCGAUCUCAGUCCUCGAGAGAUGAAUGCCGUGAGAGAUUACCUGUACUCCUGCAGCGAGCUGGGUCUCAUCUCAGCACGGGACAAGUCCUUAAAGAAGAACAGCAUCCUUCUUAUGGAGCUUCAUGUCCCUCGCAAACACGAGGCCCUCCGAGCGCUGGACAGAGGUCAGGCCAAACCUCCACGGCAGGCACGAGUGGUGGUGCAGUUUGGUAACCAAGCAAAACCGAACGUGACGGAGUACAUCGUCAGCCCCUUGCCAUACCCGAGAUCCUAUCAACUCAAGACUUUUAAGGGUGACCGGCCCAUUCGCUUUGAGGGAAGGCCGAUUACAGCUGUGGAGUAUGAACACCUGUAUAAAGUGUUGGAGAAAGUAGGGAAAAAAAUCAACAAGAUUCUGCACGAGAGCACCGGGUUUACCUUCGGUAACUGCACCGACCGCUGUCUGACGUUCUCGGACAUUGCUCCCCGAGGUUUAGAGUCAGGAGAGAGAAGGAGUUGGGUUAUGUUACAGAAGUUUGUGGAAGGUUACUUUAUUCACCCCGUGGGCUUUGAGAUCCUCAUUAACCACAAGGAUUUGGAUCCGAAAAAAUGGACGGUGGAGAAGGUUUGGUAUAACGGGCAGUAUUUUGACAGCCUGGAUGAAUUUGUGGAGAUGUAUGAGAAGGGGACAAUCUCUAAACACAAGCUGCCUGAGCACGAUGAGGAAGAUCUAUUUUCCACUUACAUCCCGCGGGGACACACAAACACACGAACGAACAUCCACGGAGCAAAGCUCGUGGAACCCCAAGGCCGCAGAUUUCAAGUGGAUGGGAAUUUUGUGGAAUAUGCCGGAUGGUCAUUUGCCUACAGAGUUCGCUCUUCUGCCGGAUUGCAGAUCUUUGACCUUCGCUUCAACGGGGAGAGAAUUGCCUAUGAGAUCAGUCUGCAAGAAGCUAUCGCCUUUUACUCUGGAGAUACGCCGGCCGCCAUGCAGACCAAAUACAUUGAUGCGGGGUGGAUGAUGGGCACCUCAGAUUUUGAGCUGGCUCCGGGGAUAGAUUGUCCAGAAAUUGCUCAUUUUGUGGACCUUUACCAUUACUAUGACACAGACAAACCUGUACGUUACAGAAAUGCACUUUGCAUCUUUGAAAUGACCACAGGACUUCCACUGAGGAGACACUUCAAUAGCAACUUCCAAGGAGGAUUUAAUUUUUUUGGAGGUCUUGAAAACCAGAUUCUGGUGAUUAGAACCACGUCUACAGUGUACAACUACGACUACAUCUGGGACUUUAUCUUUUAUCAAAAUGGCGUGAUGGAGUCCAGAGUGAGCGCCACUGGGUACAUUCAUGCAACGUUCUUUACAGAAAACGGACUGGACUAUGGAGCCAAGGUUUACAACUACGUACUUGGUAACAUUCACACCCACCUGAUUCAUUACAAAGUGGACCUUGACAUUGCAGGGAGGGACAACAGCUUUGAGACUAUUGAUCUAAAAUAUGUCAACUUCACCAACCCCUGGAGUCCAGAGCACACCAUCCUCCAAUCCAAACUUCACCGGACGCAGCACCAAACUGAACGCAGCGCUGCUUUCCGCUUUGGAAAGAAGUUCCCCAAAUACCUGCACUUUUACAAUCAAAACCAAAACAACAAGUGGGGUCAUAAGAGGGGUUAUCGGAUUCAGUAUUACUCACAUGGGAACAGUGUUCUGCCACGAGGAUGGAGAGAGGAAAAUGGUAUUGCAUGGUCAAGAUAUCAAUUGGCUGUAACCAGACACAAAGACAGCGAGACCACCAGCAGCAGCAUUUACACCCAGAAUGAACCCUGGGAACCUCUUGUUUCUUUCGAGGACUUUAUUCGCAACAAUGAAAACAUUGUUAACCAGGAUUUGGUUGCCUGGGUGACGGUGGGAUUCCUUCACAUUCCUCACUCUGAAGACAUUCCCAACACGGCAACUCCAGGAAACGCUGUGGGAUUUUUCCUGCGGCCCUUCAACUUUUUUGACGAGGACCCGUCGCUUGCGUCCCGCAGCACCGUCAUUGUUCGACCGGAUGAAAAGGGUCAGCCGAAGGUUCAGAGAUGGACUCCAGAGGUCGUAGGUCACUGCGUCUCAGACAAACCUUUCUAUUAUAACGGCACAUACGCUGGUGUGUAGACAAAGACUGAACUCAUUUCAUCUGUGUUUUGUGCUGUAUAUAAAAUGUAGGAGUUCAGAGAAAAAUGUUCAUUCAUACAAUGCUGUGCACUUUUGACAUUAACAUCCAGGGAGCCAAACAAAUAAACUUCAAAUGCUUUAUAUUGCUUUAUAUACUUUAUCAUAAACAUGUUAAAGAUCAUUAUGACAAAUAAUGUGAAGCUGUUUAUAUGUUCAAGUGAAUGUAAUGAACAUCCCUGUCAUUUUUUAUUCUUAAAAAAAUUAAAGUGUAUUUUGUUUUCGGAACCAUAAUGAUUUCCUAAAAUGUGACACUUUUUCAUAUUUUCAUGAUAAUUAAAUAUAUUAAAUAUCA